AUGUCAACAAAAGAGAAAUCAGACCCUCAAUUCAAUGAUGAGAUAUCGUUUGCAAGAUAUAUUAUUAGAAAUGCGAACAAUUUUGUGCUUCUACCAUUAGAUAGUAAUACAGUGGCACAAUUAAAUGAUAACAUGCGAUCAUAUUGUAUUAGUGCAUCAACUUUUAUCAACUCUAUAAAACAUAUAUUAGCUGAACAUAAUUCUCCUAAAUCUUUUGGACCCAUAUCUGGUGAAGAAUUUAAAAAUAUUUUACAAUUAGAUAACACUGCUGCCACCACAACCACAACGAAAACUACUACUAUGACUACUAAUAGUAAUAAUAUUAAAUUCAUGAAACCUGAGAUAGAAACAAAAAAGAGAUCUGAUUUUAAAAAUGAUAAUUCCUCAAAAAAUAAUUUGGUUGUUAAGAAGAUAACGAAAAGUACGAAAAUAGCAACUGUGAUUAAACCAGAUAAUUUAAAUCCAGAUAACAAUUCUGAUAAUAUUCCAAACAAAACUACUGAAAAACCAUCUAGUAUAAAUAAAACUGCUAUUCAAUUAGAACCUAUUUCAACUUAUACUUUAUCCCAAGUAACAGAAAACAAUACAGAUUCUCAACGUAUAGAUGAUACCACUUCUUUCACUUUCGGCAAUCCAACUUCUAUCACUACUUCUAUUCAUGAAACUAUACAAGAAACUAAAAAAAAUAAAAAUACUUUUACAGAAAUUGAUAAUGAUAAUGGAUUAAAAAAAAUAAAUGACAUCAUGCAAAAUGAAAGCAUCAGAGAAAAUGAAUCAAAAAGUGACCUACUUGCUUGGGCUAACCUUCGAGAAUCUAUGAUAAAAUCAAACCAUAUUACAGAUUUUUCAACGUUAAAUACUGAUGCUGUGCUAAAGGAAUGGCUAAGGGAAACUCUACUAGAAUUAAAACAAUUAAAAAAGGAACUUAAUGAAUAUCCCUUAGAAACAUGGAACAUAAAUUUUUUGGAAUUUUUACAAAAGCACCAUUUCACUAUUCUGACACAUAAACAUAAUAAAGUAACUGGUUCAACUCCAUUCCAUGAUUUAGAAAAUAAAUUUAUAUGUAACUAUGUACUAGCAUUACUUUUCCCAAAAUAUCUAGACGCUAAAGACCCUGAUUCUUCAGUAUAUUAUAAGAAUAUUAAGAAAAAAAUAUUGGGCGCCGAUUCAUAUGCUAAAUUACAUCAAUUAAGGACGCCUCCAUUAGAAGACUUAACUUCAGAGAAAAAAAUCAAACUUUGGUUGGAAAAAUUAAGACCUGCCUUUAGUUUACUCACAAACAUCUUGCAUUUUGAUCCUGUUCGUGCUGUCAGUUAUUGCAUUUCACAUUAUAGUAAUGGUGAAUAUAGUAAAACCCUAACAAUGUGGAAAACUCGUCCUAGCUUGAAUACAGCAUUAUCUAUUGGGGCUGCAAUUUUUUCAAAACUAUUAAAAGUCCAAAGAUCGAAGCAAAAUAAUGAAAAAGAUUUCUCUCUUGCGUGCAAUAAUGCAAUGGUUAGCGAUGCCAGAAGACGUGGUUCAUUAGAAGAAAAUAGAAAUAAAAAGAGGCCGUUUGAGUCAACUGAUAUCGAGUUGAGGAAUAUGAAAAGACCUACUUUAGAAAAACAAUUAGACUCAGAGUUUACUAAAAAGAAGCGUUCUACUUCAACAAUCAAGAAAUUAAUCGACCCAAUAUUAGAUAAAAAUAGGGUAAAACAAUUCUGGUUUAAUAUGCAUGCAAAUCAAGAAGUCUUAGUUAGAACAUUAAACUUCAGUACUUUCAAUAAAAAGGAAGUUGAAAAACAUUGGAUCAAGACAUUAAUACCUAGGAUUUUACCUCUAAUCAAUAAGUUAGUUGACGUAAAAAAUGGAGAAUCAUUUUUAAAAUGGGCCUAUCAAUUUAUAAAGUUACUAGAAUCUGAACAUUUUUCUACAUUAUUGAAAUAUGAUAUUAACAAAAUGUCACAUCAUGAUAUUACACCCCUCCAUGAAGCAGAAGAUUCAUUUUUAUUUAAACAUGUUCUUAAAAUAGCAUACCCUGAUUAUAAUUUACCAGAAUCUGCAUCUGCCUACAAUUAUUGGGAAGCUAUUAAAUCAAAAAUGUGUCCAUAUUAUGCAAAAUUACCCCAAUUCUUUAAGAAAAAAUUUCAAAGUAUCACCGUUGAUAUUUUAAAAUCAAAAGUCCAACUAAAAAAAUGGAUUGAAUCUUUAGAUGAGUACCAUUGUGCAGUUUAUAAUUCAACCAUUCAUAGGAAACAACAAAUUUUAACAAAUGAAUUUAUAAAGUAUUGUCCACCCCAGUAUUAUAAUGAAAUAAACUCGUGGAAAUCCAAACCAUAUGUAUAUGUUAUUAAUAAGAUUGUAGAUAUAAUGAAUAGAAAUAAUAUUCUUGUAGAUGCAUCAAAAACAGCACAAUUGCCAACUUCAACCAACUCCAUUAUGGCAAAUAAAAAAAGCCCAAUAGACAAAACCAUAAAAGCCAUAUCAAUAAACGCUUCUAAAACAACAAUAAAUGAAAAUACAAAAAAUGAAAUUUCAACAAAUGAUACUAAAAAAUUAGUAACAGAAAAAACAUUAGUUGUCACCACAAAUAAUUUUAAUGUUGAUAAAAUCUCUUCGAAAGAAUUUAAUAGGAAACAAAAUCCAAAUAUGAGUAAUAAUAAUCAAAAUGUUCCAGGAUCCAACACAAAUACAACAACAACUACUGAAACAAAUCCACGUAUAGAUUUUUUCACAAAAUUAAAUAAUAAAAUCACAAAUGAUUCCAUCAAUGCCAACAGAAAAAUACAGAUAAAGGGCGAUAUGAAGAAUCCAUCAUUGGCUAGUAAUACAUUAACCAUUAAUAAAAAUGACUCUUCAUCGAAUAUUAACACAUCUAUAUUGAAAAUCCAGGUGCCAACGACAACCAAACCUGUUAUUGUACAAACAAGCGGAGAAACUUCUAAAGACAGCACUAUGUGUGAUAUAUCAUCAGAAAAAAAAAUUAAUAAGAAAGAGCCAACAGCUAUCUCAUCUACUAAAUCUCCUCAACUGUCACAAAGUUCUAUUGAAAAUGUUAAAAAAACAAAUGAAUCUCCUUCGAUAAAAACACAAAUACCUGAACAACAAGGGAUUAGUGUCACCACAUCUACAAAUAAAACGACAGACACAACCAAAUACACAAAACAACAAACUAAUAAUAGUAUAUCUACAAAUCAUAUGAAUUCAUUUGCAAGUAAGAAUACAGCUUAUGACACAUCUACCUCUAAUAAAGCCAAUACCACUGCAAAUAUUGAGAGCAGCACUAUAAGUAGUCAGGUAAAUGUAUCAAUCUCGACUAACAAGACAACAACAAUAAAAGCACAGAUCAAUGUUGAUCAUCUUAAAUCUUUAGAAAAGAGUAAUACCAUCUCUACAACUAAUAUGGUUACGAAGACACCUAUUUCGAAUACUACAUCCUUACUAAGUAUCGAUAAUGAACAAAAACCGAUGUCAAACAAACAGAAUGCAAUUACUGCACUACCCUUAUCACCACAACCCAAAUCGGAAAUGAAUGCUAAAAGGGAAGCAAUAAAAACACCAUUAGAAAUUAUUAAAAACAAUUCUAAGAUAGGAGUCAGUACAACCACUGCAAGUUCCCCCCAAAUAAAUUCAACGCAGGCUGUGAGUAAUGGACCAGGUUUUUUGCCUCAAAAAUGUGUAUCUGCCAAUAAAAAAUCAUUUACUACAUCAAAUAUAGCUUCAGUAACUGACCAUAAAGCUCAACGCACUUAUAAUUUACCACUGGCACCAAGAACACCAAAUAACAAUAACUUACCUCCGACCUCAUCAGCAUCAACAUCGCUGGUAUCUUCUUCUAGACUAACAGUUGUUAAUUCUAGUCCCUCUACCUCGGGUAAUCAGAAUAUCCCUCCUAAAGAGAGACUCACAAUCAAAAAUAAGUCAAAAUGUUUCUAA